AUGUUCAGCUAUUUCUUGACGUAUGAUCAAUAUUUUCUAGUUCUGAUCAUCGCAUGUGAGCGUUUGUCGAGCACUCUUGAUUGUACGAGCAGACUCCGAUGCGUACGAAAAAUAACCAUCUCUUUAAUCCUCUCGACAUAUUUGAUGUGCACGAUAGAUGAGACGUUGUGUAUGUUAGGCAUUCCUCAGCCAUCUCCUCACAACAUAUGUCAUUUGAUCUUUGCACCUCUUCUCCUCGUUCAUAACGAGAGACAAUCUUAUGUUCCAAGCUGGACAUCGAAAUCAGAGGAACAUCUUGUUCGUUCUCUAAAAAUUCCAAACGAUCCGUCACGAGGAAAAAUCCAUCCCAACGCUGCUGAACUGUUUCGAACUGCAUUCAGUGCUGUGAAAGCCUGA